AUGAUGUCUGCCUCCUUUAGUUCCUGUUUCCCUUCUUCAGAAAGCUGAACUCAUGGAUCCUCAGACAGUGAAGUGGAAAUCCUGUGUCGUCCGGCUGCUUCUCCUCACUCUGUGCCUCAGAAACACAUCAUCAGCUGCUGGCAGUGUGGAUGAACAUCUGGAGGAACAUCUGGAGGAACAUCUGAAUGAACAUCUGGAGGAACAUCUGGAGGAACAUCUGAAUGAACAUCUGGAGGAACAUCUGGAGGAUAAUCUGAAGGAACAUCUGGAGGACUGUCUUCAGGACACAGACUACGAUGUACUCCUGAAGACGCUGCAGAGCGGCCUUCCUCACAUCAACUCCUCCCAUCACGUGGUCAUUGUCGGGGCCGGGGCUGCAGGACUGACGGCUGCAAAGCUGCUGCAGGACGCCGGGCACAAGGUAACCAUAGUAGAGUCCAGUGAGCGUAUUGGAGGCCGAGUGCAUACCCACAGGAACGAGGAGGAGGGAUGGUUCGCUGAGCUUGGAGCCAUGAGGAUCCCCAGCUUUCACCGGAUGGAGCUCAAACUCGUUCUCUCUCUCAGGUUUACCACAAGCAUCGUCCUCUGGUUUGCUAAAGAACUGGAGGUGAAGCUGAAUCCAUUCAUCAUGGAGGACGGGAACACGUUCUACCUGGUGAACGGGCUGCUGAAGAAGAAGACGUCCGCUGUGAAAGGCGAUCCAAACAUCCUGGAGUAUAACGUGUCGGAAGGCGAGAGGGGGAAGUCUGCCGACCAGCUAAUGCAGGGAGCUCUGCAGAAGGUGAAAGAUGAAGUGUACACACAUGGCUGCAAAGCUGCGCUCCAGAAGUACGACCACUACUCUGUGAAGGAGUAUCUGAAGGCAGAAGGUGGCUUGAGUCCGGAGGCGAUUAGGAUGAUCGGAGACUUACUGAACGAACAGAGCCUGAUGUACCUCGCUCUGACCGAGAUGAUCUACGACCAGAGUGACAUCAACGACAACACCACGUACUAUGAGGUGAACGGCGGGUCUGAUCUGCUGACCGAAGCUUUCCACACUGUCCUCCACGUCCCCAUCCUCCUCAACUCUAAGGUCAAACGUAUCAGCCAAUCAGAUCGAGGGGUCAUCGUGUCCUAUCAGACCGAUCGAGAACUUCCUCUUACUGACCUUCAUGCUGACGUUGUCCUGGUGACCACCACGGCCAAAGCAGCCCUUUUCAUGGACUUUGUUCCACCUCUGUCCAUUAAAAAGAUGGAAGUCCUGAAGGGCGUCCACUACGAUAGCUCCACUAAGAUCAUCCUCACUUUUAAAGAGAAGUUCUGGUUGGAGGAUGGCAUCCAUGGCGGGAAGAGCAUCACCGACGGUCCUUCUCGGUUCAUCUACUACCCGAGUCACAGUUUCCCGAACAAUAAAGACAUCGGGGUUCUGCUGGCUUCCUACACCUGGUCCGACGACUCCCUCCUCUUCCUGGGAGCGAGCGACGAAGACCUCAAGGAGCUGGCGCUGAGAGACUUGGAGCGGAUCCACGGGAAGAAAGUGUGGGCUCUUUGUACCGGGGUGGUCGUGAAGAAGUGGAGCGCCGACCCUCAUAGCCUGGGCGCCUUUGCUCUCUUCACUCCCUUCCAGCAUUCUGAAUACUACUCCAAGGAGCUGUUCAGAAGGGAAGGCAAGGUGCACUUUGCCGGGGAACACACCGCCUACCCUCACGCCUGGAUCGAGACGGCCAUGAAGUCCGCCAUCAGGGCGGCUACUAACAUUAACGAAGAGGCAGCGAGAACUCAACAGCAUGACGAGUUGUAGCGUCUUAAAUCCUGCAAAUACUAGAGAUCACUUUAGUUUUAAAGCCCUGAUGCAAUAAGCAGAAAAACCAAAAGUAUAGUAGAAGUACUCAGAUCUUGUACUUGAGUAAAAGUAGAAGUACCAGAGUGUAGGAAUACUCUGUUACAGUAAAAGUCCUGCAUUAAAAAUGUAUAGAGGACGUUUUUAAUUGAAGAGAGUAUAUUAUACAGAAACAAGUGAAAACCAAAGACCUUAAAACAAAUCUGACCCUAACAAAAUGAUCCCAAAACAUGAAUUCUAUGUCUCUUAACAUCGGUAAAAAAUGUCUAAGAUAUAAUAAAUAUGGUGCAGGGAUGUUGUAUUUGACCCUGAAGGCUGGUUCCUUUCACAAAAAGCCAAUGGGAUUUCUCAUGUGAUUUUGGAUUAUUACAGAAAAUACAAACACACGUUUAUGAUACUUGGACGUUUAGAUCAGCAGGGUAAUCUCACAUAUUAACACCACCUCUUGAUUUCUGGAGUGAAAAGCUGUGGCCGUGCUCUAAUUCAUUAUCUCUGUAUUUGUGUUGAUUGUAAGUAAGCUUAAGAAUCAUAAAGUGGGUUUCUUUGUAGUUGUAGUCCUGUGUGUGUUUCACAGGGACAUGUUUGACCUGUCAGGAAGGGCAAAAGGUGGAUUUGCAAAUGGUUGAGCACUGGGAGGUUUAAUGGUUUAGUUUAAUGAUGGGGAUGUUUAGAUAAUGCCUGAGAGAAUUGAAGGGUGGGACCAGUUGGAUAUUCUCUCUACAUAUAAUGAGACUGUAAGCUGUGUUCUGGGGUCGAAGCCAUUUCAUCCUGAUGAUGAAGCUGCUCUGUUCCUGCAUUUGGGAUCGAUUUCAAUUCUAUAUGGACUUUCUUUAUUACUUUAUUAAAUAUAACAAAAGACAAA